AUGACGCGAACUAUUCUAAACAUCCUGGCAGGGUUGGCUUGUCAGACCACGAUAGCCUCCGCGAUGGUGUUGAGCGCGGUCCAGUCGAAUGCAACAUCACUACCGACCACAGCCGGUCCGGCCGGCGUUGCAUCGCAGCAGACGUCGAGCAUGCUAUCACCUUGCGCGAUGAACUGCACAAUAGCAGAGCUGGCGAAGUCCACCUGUCAAUCCACCGAUUUCGUCUGUAUAUGUACGAAUCAACAGCUCAAUGAUGGGAUAGCUGGAUGUCUGAUGCAAAACUGCACCGUUGUCGAAUCAUUACAAGCUCAAAACUACUCAAAAUCUUUGUGUGGAGCGCCUUUCAAUCGUAAUUUGGAUCAGCCUCCAAUUACGUGGACCAUCUUCACGCUCUCAUUCAUAGCGGUUUCAAGCCGCUUCAUAUCCAAGAUUCCUUCUUUGAAUCCAGCUUUCCCUUUUGGGUGGGACGACUGGGCAAUUCUAGCGUCUAUGAUCGUUCUAGUAGCUUCUGACGUUGGAUCUCAAGUGCUCGUAAGCCUGGGCUUCGGUCAAGAUAUCUGGACAGUUGCACCAGAUAACAUCACUCAAAUACUGCUGAUCUUCUUCGCCGAAGAACUGUUCUACUCCUUUGUGGUAGCAGUUACAAAACUCUCAGUUAUCAUCUUUUACUUGAGGUUAUUUCAAGAGAGCUGGUUUCGAAAAGCCUGUUAUGGUCUGUUUGGUAUCACAACAAUGUACGGGAUUGGUCAAAUCCUCGCGAUCAUCUUCGUCUGUAGUCCAGUCUCAUACAACUGGACACGAUGGGACGGCCAACAUGCAGGGCAGUGUGGUAAAGUCAACAUCAUGACUUUCGUGAAUGGAGGGACCAACAUCGCCAUUGACCUCGUCCUCGUCAUUCUACCAGUGACACAAUUCAUUACCGUGUCCUGGACAAUCAGGAAAAAGAUUGGUGUGAGCCUCAUCUUCUUGGUCGGAUUAUUUGUCACCAUGUCAAGUUGCAUAAGACUGGCAACAGUCGCGAAAUUUGCGGACACGCAGAAUCCCACAUUCGACUUCAAAGCCCUCUCGAUCUGGUCACUGGUUGAGAUGCACGCGAGUGUCAUAUGUGCCUGCAUGCCAGGCAUGACGGCUUUCGUACGACGCGUGAAGCCACGACUUGGAUGUCACGCAGAGCACACGCCUGAACAAAUACGGAACAAGCCCAGAACCGGGCGGUCCGUUGCACGUCAGAUCAGAGAGACGUUUAGCCGUAUGACGGCAGCAGCCAGAGAGGCGGGCAACAACUCGACGUGGAACAGCUUGUAG